AUGAAACCAAAUGUAUUCUUAUUUUUAGCUUUAAUUUCAAUAUUAUUAUUCUUUAAAAUUGCUUCAUCUUUAGAGAUGGAGAUGCAGAUCACAUGUAACCCAAAUUGCUCUGGUACCACAGCAUCUUUUAAUACGACCACAGGUUGCACAUCUGCAUCUGAUUUUUGUACAAGAUUACCUCUUUACAACUAUAUCCAUGCAUAUACAUCAUCAAUUUCUGUUCAAUUAUUUACAGAUAUGAAUUGUCAACAACCAGCAUCAACCGCCUUUACUAUUCAAUGUAAUCAAUGUACGAUCAUUGGACCAAUGCAUUAUACAUUAUUAACAUGUAUUUAA